AUGUCAUCACACUCUUCACCCUCACCACCAGCGCCGUCUCAAAACCCUGUGAACCAGGGAGACAGUAAGUUCCCGAAGGGCUACUGCCGUUAUCUCCUUACCGAUGAGGGACUUAAAGGGCAGCGGUGCGGAUGUGCUCGCUUUGCACACAGAAACAACAUCCCUGGUGCAAUAUGCAUAUGCGGUCAUCAGUCAUGCUUUCACACCAACGAACCCUACGUGCCCGAGCUGGACCACUUGAAAAAUGAAUUCAGACUUCUGAAGCUCGAGUUCGAGAAAAACGGCAAGGAGCAAGUUGCCAUGAGGAACAGAGAUCGCAAUGACUGCAUCCCUCGGCUCGGAAGUCUAGAGGAACUUGUCGAGAGGAGCAUGGGUGAAGUCAGGUCUGAGCUUCUGAAUGCCUGGUCAAAUAUCAGUCAAAGCUGGAACAGCAUCCGGGAGCUCGAGAGGAAAUUACAACAGCAGAACGAACGUCUUACCGACCUUUUGUCUACGGACCAGAGGCGUACUGGGGAUGUCGAUGUGUUGAGGGCCGAUGUCAAGAGGCUUGAGGACCGCGUGAAGGAACUUCAUGAUGCCGAUAUUGCUCUAGAGGAAAGGGUCGAAGCGCUCGAGACUGCCGAGGACUUGGAAGAGUCCGCAACACCAUUGAGACCACGACGCUCUUCAAUAAUCGAGCUAAACCCGCGCAACUCGGCUCCGGACGUCACUGCCUUCAACUCACCUGUCAGGAGCACACCGGCUAUCAGACCACGUAAUCUUCUACCACUGGCCCCUGAAGGAGCUACAACGUGGACAACGCAUAUAUCUCUGCUCCCGGAUAAGACAACACCGUUCCCUUUUGAGAAGGACACCAAAGCAUAUCAACGUUGUCUAUCACGAGGCUUGCACCAGACUGUUGUGGUAAAUGGGUUCAGUGCCGAAGCUUUCAGCUCGGCCGUGACCAAUGCAUUUGCUAGCCUUCUCAAAGGUCGCCAGUGGAUGCCCCUAGAGGCACAGUUGUGUAAUGCCAAGACCCUGCAAGGCCUUCCGAUGCUGCGCCAGCUCUCUGAUUCGCUGGUGCAUGGGAAGUACGACUACCAGUUCCUCCGCAGGUACUGUGGUGUUUGCGACCCGAACGGAAGAAUCGAGUCGCUGUAUAUCGCAAUGAGAUUUGACACCCUGUCAUGGCAUGCGUUGCGUCAGGCACCCGUUUAUAAGGAGAGACUCGAGGCUUGCUGGGAGUACGAUCACCAACUCGACCACGACAGCGCCCUCCUGGAUGACGAUGACUUUGGGGGAAACAACAGACCAUCGGCGGGGGACUUACUACCGCCGACGGUCGCGAGCAGUCUCAAGCGCACUGCGGCGGAGAUCUCGAGGUCUAACAGCUUUGGGUCGUCAACGCCUGCGGCUGGAUCUGUUACAAUCACAUCCGAGGGUGAGGGACAGUCCCGACCCAAAUCGCAGCGGGUUGCUCCUAACAUGGUUGAGGCCCGAAGACGCGCCGAGAGAGUUUGA